GGCCUCCAGUCGUGUUCAGGCACGGAGCACAUUUGCUUUGUCUGGGCUGAGUUGGGGAAUUUGAACCCAACACUCCCCCCAAACCCACGCAAAGAACAAAAAGAAGCAACCCAACCCAUGUAACACGACGCCAGGAGGAGGCACCCCAGGGGUAGAAGCCCAAUGAGAAAACACACACUCACACACACACACAACCCCAAUUAAUGUUUCACAAAGGAGUAUGGUCCGAUGGGCCAAGAGUGGCGUGAUCUGGCAGCAUCCUCCCCGCCCCAAAGACUCAGAGAGAGAGGAGCAGCAGCACAUGGAAGGGAGCAGGGAAGGGGCCGGGAGGGGGGUUGUGCCCUUGGGCUCCUCCUCCCGCACAGCCUCCGCACAGAGCAGCCACCCGGACGGGUUCUAGGCUCUGCUCGCGCGGUGGCGCCGGGGUUCUAGGUUAAGGGCUCUCAGCCUUCUUCGCUCUCUCUCUCUCUCUCACACACACACACUGACACACAUUCUCUCUCUCUCUCUCUCUCUCUCUCUCUCACCCAUUCUCACACUUGCACCCGUUCUUUCACCCAUUCUGUCGCAUACACAUUCCCCCCCCCACAAUUUCUCCCUCUUUCUCUCUCUCUCUCUCUCUCUCUCUCCUUGGUCCUGAGGGAUGGCUCUGGGUCGGGUUCCCCUGCUGCCCCUGCUCUCCCUCCUUCUGCUCCUGCUGGGCGCCUUGGCCGGGCUGCCUCCUUCUCCUUCAGAGCCGGACCCAGAGCUCCGGGGCCAGGAUGGCCAGGACCACGACGACCAGGAGCCCCUCUUCGCCUUCCUCCAGGAGGAGAGCCCCAGCAGCCCCGACCCGGCGGCGGCAAGAGCCAGGACUAGCGCCCCGGCCGCCUUCCACCGGAGCCAGAAGGAUGCGUGGCGCUUACCUGGACAUUAUAUUGUUGUGCUUAAGGAGGAAACCCUUAAAUCCCAGAUAUCACGAACAGCCAAGCAUCUGCAAGUUAGAGCAGCCAAGCAUGGCUACUUGACGAAAAUCCUCCAUAUCUUUGAGGACCUGUUCCAGGGCUUUGUGGUAAAAAUGAGUAGCGAUGUGUUACACAUGGCUUUGAGGCUGCCACAUGUGGAAUACAUAGAAGAAGAUGCCUAUGUGUUUGCUCAGAGCAUUCCUUGGAACCUUGGCCGGAUUGUCCCAGUUCAUGACAAUUCUAAUGAAUACAACCCUCCCAAUAGAGGUGACCUGGUUGAAGUGUAUCUGCUAGAUACUGGCAUCCAAAGCAACCACCGGGAAAUAGAAGGUAGAGCAUUUGUAACCGAUUUUGAGAAUGUCCCAGAAGAGGAUGGCACUCGCUUUCAUCGCCAGGCCAGUAAAUGUGACAGCCACGGGACUCACAUGGCUGGUGUUGUGAGUGGAAGGGAUGCUGGUGUUGCUAAAGGAGCCAGUGUUCGCAGCCUCCGGGUCCUCAAUUGCCAGGGAAAAGGCACUGUGAGUGGCACUCUGAUUGGAUUGGAAUUUAUUAAAAAGACCUUGGCUAUCCAGCCCUACAGUCCUCUGGUAGUUUUGCUCCCCUUGGCUGGAAGCUAUAGCCACAUUCUCAAUACAGCCUGUCGUCUGAUGGUCCAGUCAGGAGUGGUGAUCAUUGCUGCAGCAGGAAACUACAAGGACAAUGCUUGCUUAUAUUCACCAGCAUCAGAAUCAGAGGUUAUCACUGUUGGAGCCACCAAUGUCCAGGACCAACCUGCUUCCAUGGGGAACUUGGGAACCAAUUUUGGCCAUUGUGUGGAUUUGUUUGCUCCUGGAGAUGAUAUCAUUGGUGCUUCCAGUGAUUGCAGCACUUGCUUCACAUCACAGAGUGGGACAUCCCAGGCAGCUGCACAUGUAGCAGGUAUUGCAGCCAUGAUCUUGAACACCAGCCCUGGUCUGUCUAUCGCUGAGCUGAGGCAGAGGCUAAUCCACUACUCCAUUAAGAACCUCAUGAAUGAGGCUUGGUUUCCAGAAGAGCAGAGGCUGUUAACACCCAACAGAGUGGCUGGACUUCCCUUUAAACUUGUAGAAGAUGAACAGCUAUACUGUCGCUCUGUUUGGUCUUCCCUCUCUGGCUCAACUAGCUCAGCAAUAGCUAUUGCUCGCUGUAACAGUAAUGAAGAAAUGUUCAGCUGUUCAAGUCUCUCAAAGAAUGGCAAGCGUAAAGGAGAGCGCAUUGAGGACUAUGGGGGUAGAAAGGACUGUGUGGCACAUAAUAGAUUUAGGGGCCAAGGUGUCUAUGCCAUAGCUAGGUGUUGCAUUUGGCCCAAAGCUGAUUGCCAAGUUCAUGCACACUCACCAACUGCAGAGGACACAGCAGUGCACAGUGUUGGCUGCAACAAGGAUAGCCAUGUUUUGACAGGUUGCAGUUCUCAUUCUGUGGCUGGAGAGUUCAGUGGCAACAUCAGACCUGUACUUAAGUCAGAAAACAACUUUGAUCACUGUGUUGGCCAGCCAGGUGCAGCUGUGCAUGCUUCUUGCUGCCAUGCACCCAGCCUUGAAUGCAAGGUACAGGAAUACUCUUCUUUGGAGCACACAGGAAAGGUAAUGGUGACUUGUGAUGGGGGCUGGACACUGACAGGAUGUAAUGCCCAGUCUCAUGGUUCCCACACACUUGGUGCCUAUUCAGUGGAUAAUACUUGUGUAGUGAUGAGUAGCCCAGGGAGCCAUAGAACAACAGCUGUUGCCAUUUGCUGCAGAAAAAGACUCUUGGAAACUGAGAAGCAUAGUUCCAGUUAUAAGUGACGGUUCCACCUCUUUCUCACUCAGUAAUUUAUGGGACUCUCAAAUUAUGAAAGCCAUACCAUAAGAUCACAUUGGUGAUGUGAUGUCCAGCUCUCCCUUUUGCCUGAAAAUGGCGUUUUUGAAGGCAAGCUCCAGCACAGUGUUUCUGGUUGGUCCUCAGCAUACUUGUUCUAAGUGUCACAGCUGAUUGGCCCAGUACUACUGUAUUCACUAUGGUGUGAUGGGUCUCAAUUCAAUAUUAUCAAUUGAGCUUCAUCCACAAAAUAAUUCUGGGCAAUAAUAUAUCUUCUGGCAGAACAUGACAUGCAUAGCCAACUUCCAGUCAGCCAUUUGGUGAAUAUCUGGUCUUUCCAAGUCUUUCCAUAUUCAACUGCCAUUCCAGUUCCUCAAAAAUCAUGAAGACUACAUACUUCUUAUUCAAUUUCCAUGGGAACUAUCCAUGGUGCCCUGUUUGAAAUUGUGUUAGCUAAAGUAUGUUCUGUGCUCAAAAUGAGGUGUUUAUUACUUAUCAUGAAGGCUCAUUCUAGACUGCAAAUGAGACUUCCAUGAAAGAGUUGAAUCCUGCUGUCAUGAGUUGUGUUGAAGUUUCUAUGCUAGAAGUAAGUAGGUGAGUCUUGUCUACCAUGAACAUUUCAAAGUCUAUCUUAAAGUUCCCAAAAAUCUAGUUCUUGAAAAUCCCUUCGAGAGGCAAAACCAAUAAAGGUGUCCAGGAUUGUUGCUUGUUGUUCUUGUGAGAAUAGGCAUUUCCUCCCUUCUCAGUUUUAAUCAAGAUGUCUUUUAAGACAUCUUCAUCACAUGCUUGUCAGAAAUGUGCUUGUUGGAAAAUAUGUGUGGCAUAUUAGAUUUAGCAGAGAGUUUCCCCAUGGUCAUUUGAAUUGGAGAAUGAGCAGGAAAGGAACCCAGUAAGGCAAAAGGAGUGGCAAUCAGGGGAAAUGGUAACAAGGGUAACCAAACUGUAAAACCAACUUUUUUUUUUAAGUGGAAAGGGAUGGCACAAUAUGAAAGGGAACAGAAAAAAGAAAAAUCUAUUACAGAUAAAUAAUAAUCAUCACAGAGGAAGUGCCAAACUGACAUGGGCUAAGGCAGGAAGAACUGUGGAGUCUGGAGAUGGAGAAUAAAGCACAUUCAAGGUUAUAUGUCUGAAAAAUGAGAAGGGACACAUGGAAAAGGAAACACUGCUUGCAUAGGCAUAAAAUGAAAGGAAAAACAAAAAUGGCUGCCUGUGUGGCUUUUACCUGGCUUGGUCAUGGGACUAAUCAUGGAUGGCUCCUUCCUGCAAUCUUGAGAAUAAUGCAAAAUAUAUAGUUACUUAAUUUAUGCUCCUAAUUUCCAAAGAACUAUUCAGGAGGUAAGGAUAAAUAAUUGGGGGGGGGGGGGGGGGAGAAGACCUAUAUAGCACUUAACCUGCCCCCAAUCCUUUUUUUUUUUGGCUUCUGAGGUAUAACUAACAACUUUUUUGUACCUUGUAAAGGCAAAUUCAAAUUAAUAGUAGGUUAGUACAGUCUUCUGCAUAAAUAAAAUUACACAAAGUGUGGAAAUUACUAUUUUUUAAAAAACCCAUGGUAUUAUGGUUAUGGUUAUUCAGUACCAUUUUAGGAUAUUGGCACCACUGAUCAACCUCACCUAGAAUCAAUUUUGUAAGUAGUAAUGUUCACCUUUUUUUUUCACAAGACCAUAAAGCAAAGAGUUAACAUAAGCUUAAUAGCCAAAUUUAAGAUUACUUAUGGGAGUUAUAAGCCAAAAUCUCUAGUUAGCAUGGGGAGGUAGCUGUCAAGGAAUGUGAUGCCCUGCUGUUCUAAAGUGUAGGGAUUUCUUACCUUCUUCCAUGGCUUAGUGAAUAUUAGGAGUAGUUAUUAAACUAGUGGAAUACAGCACUUGGCUUGUACAAAUAUAUACCUGUCUGCAUUUCAAUAUUUGGUUCCGAAGUGCCUUAUGUACUCCGUAUUAAACACAUAAUAGACAACUAUCCUUGUGAACUUAAACCAUGUGUAGUGGCCACAUCGAGUUCAACAGUAUUGCCUCCUAACCUAGAGAAGCUACAACUUUGAAUGGAUGUCUAUUCUGAGAAAGUUUGCUCUUAUUCUUUCCAGUUGUGGAGGCCACUCUUUCCUUGUUAAUUAAUUAAUUAAUUGUUAAGGUAUAUUGGCAAGGAAACCAUGAUCUUUUGUAUCCCCCAUUUUCUGGCCACAGAAUAUAUCUGGUUGAACUAAUGUAGCAUUUGAUUCUAUAAUGGAGAAGUAAACUGCCAAGUCCUUGGCCAUUCUGGGCAAUCAGGAAUCCAUCCACUUUGAUAAAGGGUUGAUUGAGGGGCUCCAAGAAUUCUACUGAGGUGAUGCGCAAAAUAUUUAGUAAAUACUUUAAAAGCACUUAAAUGCAGGAGAUCAGGUACUACUGACCACUUGAGUCAAGCCCGCUGUCAGUAAUUUGGACAAGACAGUUUGGUUUAUGGAUAAAAUUCUUAGUAGUUAUCAUUUAAUGUUUUCUUUAAUCUAUGUAGAGUAUUAAUAUUGCAUACACAUCCUUUUUGCUUUUAUUGAAAUGUUUAACUGUUUGUAUAAUCAAAUAUUUAUCUGGAAUUGGUAUGUUCAUAUUUUAAAAGAGCAAGCUUAUAUAUGCCUACUCAAAAGUAAGUUAUUUUGUUCAGUGGUGCUUACUUGCAAUCUGCUCUGGAUUGCCUCUUAAAUCCUCUGCAGAAAGGUUUAAGAUGAAUACCAAACUAUGUAGACAGUAUGUAGUAUGUUUUAUGUUGUUUUUGAGCUAAAUCAUACACUUAGCUACUGUAAUUCAUAACUGAUUGAUGUAGAGAAAAGCUUUCUUUGUGCUGUGGAUUUUAUUUUUUUCUUCCUUGGAACUAUUUAUUCUGUUUUAUAUAACAUUUUUAUAAAGCCUACUUUUUGAAAUAAAGUUU